CGAAUUGGUCAGACCGACUCCCAGCUCAUUGUACUUGCACAGCUGAAACGAACAUGUCCUUGCAUCUGACAGGCUGGGGGAACCCAUCUGCUGUUUUUCAAUGAGCGCCUUCUCAGUUUCCAAGACAGGAUUGUCCGGGACUGCGGGCGGGUUGGGGGAGCGCGGCGAUUCACACAGACUCACUGGACAGGGUUCAUAAAGAACAUCUCGGAACAUCAUGACUACCCUCCUGGAGACGAAGGAACUGUUUUGCAGCGCAGACGCCGUGUGUUUCGAUGUGGACAGUACUGUAAUCAAGGAAGAGGGCAUUGAUGAACUGGCUAAAUUUUGCGGUGUCGGGGAUGCAGUCACAGAAAUGACCCGCAAAGCUAUGGGUGGCUCAAUGAGCUUUAAAACAGCUUUAACGGAACGCCUCUCCAUAAUAAGAUGCUCCCGUGAGCAAGUGAACAAGUUACUGACUGACCACCCUCCCCAGUUAACCCCUGGUAUCAAGGAGCUGGUGGGGUGCCUUCAGCAGCGCGGCGUGAAGGUGUUUCUGAUCUCGGGGGGCUUCCGCUGCCUCGUGGAGCACGUGGCCACGCAGCUCGGUAUCCCCCUUGACCACGUCUUUGCAAACCGCCUCAAGUUUUACUUCAAUGGCGAGUACGCGGGGUUCGACGAGACGCAGCUGACGGCCGAGUCGGGAGGGAAGGGCAGGGUGAUCAGUUUCCUGAAGAAGAAGUACGAGCUGCAGAAGGUGGUGAUGAUCGGGGACGGCGCUACAGACCUGGAAGCCUGCCCUCCUGCGAAUGCCUUCAUUGGAUUUGGGGGCAAUGUCGUCAGGCCCCAGGUGAAGGAGAAGUCUGCGUGGUAUGUCACAAGCUUCGGAGAGCUCCUUAAAGAACUGGAAAAAAAUUAAAGAUCUGAGAACAAGAACGAAAAGGGGCAUCUUCAGACACUUUUUAAAAUAGAUUUCUAUAGUUGUUUAUCAAUCAGCACUCUUUGUUCACCCACAAUCUUGUGCCUUUAUGAAUUCAAAGCCUGAUUUUGCCUGGAAAUGUUUUUUUCCAGACAACAUUUGUCAUUUUGUUAUACAUAGAAAAAACUGUAUAGAGUACUGUAGCUUUGAACUAAGAAACAUUUUAUAGUGCGUGGUUCAGUAACUGAAUAUUAAAAGCUGAAUGUGAUACCAUCUUCUACAAGGUCUCAAAAUAGAUUAAUAUUGUACUUUGCACUUAAGUGAGGGGGGAAAGUUAGUGGCUCAUGUGAUACCCUUUUUGGGUUAGUAUACUCAGUCUUAUUGAAUCAUUUCUGCUAAAUGUACAAGUUUGUGGUUCAGGUAUCAAUAUAUUUGUAUCAGUUCUGUCCAUUUUUUAUUUCCGUCAUCCAUUAAAACAUACAUUUUCUACACUAUCAACCACA